UCAUACAGAUUAAAGCAAUACUGGUUACAAAUGAAGGUGCCAACUCCCACUAGUUCCAGGCACUAGCUCCUCUCUAGCUUGAGGGCGCAAAUAUUAAUCAGCUGUUGCGAUGCGUUUGCGUUGUUUUUGCAAAAAUGAGUGAAUUUCUUUCGGAAAAUAAUGCUUGCGGCCAAAAUCUACUCAAUAUUGUGUCUGUGGGCAAUUCCAUAAUUGCCGAAAUACUGCGCCUAAAGGAAUACGUGCCCAGUAUUUAUCGACUGGAAACCGCGGCGGACAGGCAAAAAUAUGGGGAAAUUAUAUUGGACUUUAGCUAUUUCAAAGUGGCCGAGGCGCACGAAAAGAAGAUUGAGGAGAGCGCAGAACUAAGCGACUUGGACUUGGAAACACGCACAAAUCACCUGCAGCUGAUCACACGCUUCUACCUGGCCUUCCAGAGCGUCCAUCACUAUGCGACAGAUCUGAAACAGUACAUCGAGGAGCUGAACACGGGCUACUACAUACAACAAACGCUGGAAACAGUGCUGCUGGAUGAGGAGGGCAAACAGUUGCUGUGCGAAUCACUCUAUUUGUAUGGCGUCAUUUUGCUCGUCCUGGAUUUGCAUAUACCUGGCGAUGUGCGGGAGCGCCUUCUGAUUGCCUACUAUCGCUACAGUGGGGGCGAUGCCACGCCCAGCGGUGAUGAGAGCAACAUACAUGAUGUCUGCCUGCUGUUGCGCUCCACGGGCUUUGUGCAGCCGGCGCAGAAUCAGGCGCUGCUCGCAUCCAACAAACAGCCUGCGCCUGUGCCCAAAUAUCCGGAGGCGUAUUUUGCGCGCUUUCAGUUCGAUGCGAACUUCAUAGAUUUGGUUUUGGGUCGACUGCGCUGCGAUGACAUCUACAACCAGCUGGCCAUCUAUCCGCAUCCGAUGCAUCGCACCACAGCGCUGUCCACCCAGGCUGUGAUGCUCUACGUAUGCCUUUACUUUUCGCCUCAAGUGCUGCACACGCAGGGCGCCCAAAUGCGCGAGAUUGUGGACAAGUUCUUCAGCGACAACUGGACGCUGUCCAUUUACAUGGGCAUCACUGUAAACUUAAUUGAUGCCUGGUCGUGCUUCAAGGCCGCCAGCGCAGCUGUGGCCAAUGUGGUCACGCCCGCGGCUCUGAAGACCCUUUGCCAGCAGCAGCGGGAUCAGAUGCUGAAAACGCUACAGAAAACCCAGGAGAUAGUGCGCGAGGGCGUCCUCGACGAUGCCUUUGUGCUGGAGCAUGCCAAUCAGAUAAUUGUGCUGAUGCGACAGGCCAAUGUCCUGCUGCGCUGGUAUUGCCUGCACACCAGCCCCGCCGUCCUCAAUAUGUCCGGUCAGGCGGCGUCGGUGGCGCAAGUGCAUCAAAUUUUGCGCACAGAACUGAAGUUUGAGCCGGGCAUGUUGUACCAUCUGCUGCUCAAUUGCGGCCAGCUGGAGCUGACCGUCAGAGAGCUGUUGGGCGAGAUCCGAAAGGAUCGGGAACAGCGCUGGACCCACAAUCGUGACGAGGCAAUGCAGUAUCUGCGCGAGCUGAGCGAAGCGUUUGCGGGCACACGUCCCCUGACCAAGAUCGAAGCGAAUUCCCAUCUGCAGCAAUGGUUUGGUCAGGUUGCGCAACGUUUGCAAAAACUGGAGUUGGCUAAGCCACAAAAGUCGGGGCGACUCAUCAUACAGGUGAUGCAGGCACUGGACGAGGUACAGGAAUAUCACAAUCUGCAUGCCAAUAUGCUGGUCAAACAGCAGCUGCAGGAGACGCGCGAUCUGCUGAAUCGCAUGGCGCAGUUGAUCAACCUAAAGGAAGACAUUGAGAUCCACAUCCAGAUGAUCAGCGACUUUAGCUACGCCUGGCAGCUGUUGCAGCGAGACUUCACACUCAUCAUGCAGGAUCAUAUCAAGCGCCAGCCACAGGCUGUAAUUUGCAUACGUGCGGUGUUCCUGAAGCUGGCCAGCACGCUGGAGGUGCCGCUGAUGCGUAUUAACCAGGCCAAAAGUGAGGAUCUGGUCUCUGUGUCCAACUACUACAGCACGGAGCUGGCGAACUUUUUGCGACGCGUGCUGCAAAUUGUGCCCGAGACAAUGUUCAGCAUUCUGGCGAGGAUUAUACAGCUGCUGACGAAUGUCAUCAAGGAGUUUCCCACACGCCUCGAAAAGGAUAAGCUGCGCGAAUUUGCACAGUUCGAGGAGCGCGCCAAGGUGGCCCAAUUGACCAAUUCCAUUGCGGUAUUUACCAAGGGCAUACUCAUGAUGAAGAAGACUUUGGUGGGCGUCAUCGAGCUGGAUCCCAAACAGCUGCUGGAAGAUGGCAUACGCAAGGAGCUGGUGAAUCACUUGGCCAAUGCGUACAAUCUUGGCCUGAUUUUUACGCCAGAGAAGGGCAAGACGUGCGUGCAGCUGCUGCAAGAGAAACUCCAGGCGCUGGCCAAGACCAUCGAGGGCUAUCGCCGAUCCUUCGAGUAUAUUGAAGACUAUUUGCGCGUGCAGGGCCUACGCAUAUUGCUGGAGGAAUCGCAGCGCAUCAUCAACUACAACGUGGAGAAGGAAUGCAAUUGCUUUCUGCGCAACAAGGUGCAGGAGUGGCAAUCCCGUUUCCAGUCCCAGACCAUACCCAUACCCAACUUCCAGCCGCUGCAGGGUGACAGCAGCAAGUCCAACAAUUUUAUAGGACGUCUCGCGCGCGAAAUCUUGCGCUGCACGGAACCCAAACAGACCAUCUAUCUGGACCUGAAGUGCACCUGGUAUGACAAACGUGCGCCGCAUGCGGAGCUACUCGCCGGCUCCGGCUUCUUCAGCGUGUUGCGCGAGGCCAUGGCGCCGGCGGGCAUGGUGGGCCUGGAGCGGCUCUAUGCGCACAUGCUGGCCGAUGAACUAAAAAGUAAUUUGGACAGGCUGCAAAAGAAUCUAAGCUCGGAUCGCAUGUGGUGCGAUGCGUUGAGCAGUCUGACCAAGGAGCUGGAGUCGCGCGAUUUUCCCGGCGACCUGGCCAAACAGCCGCUCAAGUAUUAUCAGGGCUAUACGCAGCGCUGGCUGAAGGUGUGGCCCACGCUCCUGGACUGGGUGCUCGCGCUGGGGCACAAGCAGCUGUUGCGCCAGCAAAUUGCCAGCGAGCUGAGCUUCAGCAGCAAAUGCGAUGCCAAGCUGCUGGAGAAUACAACGGAUACGCUGAAUCGCGCCCUUUUGCUGGAGCUCUCCUGCAAUACGAAGCUGUGCGAUGAACAGGGCGUGGGCAUGCUAACCGAGCUGCGGGAGAUACUCCAGUAUACGGGCAACUACGAGCCGCUGGAGCAGAUCUUUGUGACCACCAAAAAUACGCACAAUAUGUCGCUGUUCUUGUUCCUAUUCAGCAUUGCCCAUGUCGGUCGUUUACAGCAUUCCAUAAACACGGACUCUUUGCUGCCCAAGUCCGCCAAAGAUUGCAUCGAUUGUGUGCCCUUAAUUAUGGGCCUGCUCACCGUGCUGCAACAGUUCCACAAGAACGUCAAGAUGCUCUACAUCUCCUACAUGUGCCAGUAUGUUGUGACCGUGGCCGAGGCGCAGCUACUCGACAAGGAGCAGCUCGGUCCUGAGGUGGUCACCAUGCUGCACUUUCUGCAGGCCUUUGUGCGCAUGGCCAACUUGCCGCUUGGCGUCCUGGAGCAGCGCAUACCCAAUAUUAUUUUAAGCGAGUUUGACUAUUUGGCAACGCCCGUCAAGUGAAAGCGCGUGAUUUCAAAGUAAAACUUUGUAGGCUGUAAAAA